CUGAGUGACGUCAUCUUCGCCCAAUCUGAGGCGAGUAUAUAACAGAGAUUCAAAAUUGUAACUGUCAUGAUCGCUGAUUGUUUCUUGGUUAUUUGGUAAACAUUUACGCUGAAAUAAGGAUUGAUACUCCCGCCUCUUUGGCUGUUAGAAAACAAUUAUGGCUGAUGACAGUGAAUGGAUGAAAUUACCCACUGAGGGGAAAUGUCAGCACAAGGUUUGGAAAGCUAGAGUCAGUGGGUAUGAAGAAGCAACCAAAUUAUUCAAUAGUUUGACUGAUGAUAAAAACCCAGAAUUUUCUAAAUAUCAAGGCCUCAUAAAAAAAUUUGUAGUAGACAGCAAUGUUGUGGCCCAAGAAAAAGGCCUGGAAGCGGUGCUGGCAUAUGUGGAAAACGCACAAGUGGCUACAAGAGUUUGUGCUGAAGUUAUUGGAGGAAUUGUAGCAAAAUGUUUCAAUGUGAAUAAAACCAAAACAAAAGAACUUGCAAAUGAAAUAAUAUUGAUGUAUAUUGAAAUUGAGAAACAGGAUAUAGUUCUGGAAGAACUCUUGAAAGGUGUGGAAUACAAACAACCUAAAAUAGUUGUGGGCUCUGUAAUGGCUCUCACUCGAGCUUUAAGAGAAUAUGGUUCAAAAGUUGUUCAAGUGAAACCUAUAAUUAAAGUAUUAGCAAGACUAUUAGAAGACCGUGACAAAACAGUUCGUGAAGAAACUAAGCAAUUAGUUAUUGAAAUCUACAGAUGGAUUGGUGCUGCUAUUAAAUCACAAUUUACCAAUUUCAACCCAAUUCAGGUCCAAGAAUUUGAAGCUGAAUUUGAAAAGCUACCUGCUGAAAGACCCAUUCAAACUCGUUUUCUGAGAUCACAACAGGAUCUCAAAGCUAAGCUAGAACAGGCAGCCGCCGCUGCUGCUGCUGCUCCCUGUGGAGAUGGAGAUGCUCCUGGUGCUGCUCAUGUAGAAGAGGUGGAUCCAUAUGACCUGAUGGAACCUGUCAAUAUCUUAGCAAUGUUACCUAAAAACUUUUAUGAUCAAAUUGAAGCUAAGAAAUGGCAGGAACGUAAGGAAGCUUUGGAUGCACUGCUGAAAUUAGCAAGUAAUCUCAAAUUAGAACCUGGAGAUUAUCAGCCUUUGAUAAAGUGUGUAAUCAAGGUUAUUGGAAAAGAUACUAACGUUAUGCUUGUGGCGUUGGGAGGAAAAAUUUUAGCUGGGAUUGCACUUGGAUUACGUAAAGAAUUUAAGCAAUAUGCAAAUAUGUGUUUUGGAGUACUACUGGAUAAAUUUAAAGAAAAGAAACUCGCGGUUGUUGCUGCCUUAAGAGAAGCAAUUGAUGCAGUAUUUCAGUGUAUGAAUUUUGAAUUAAUUAUGGAGGAUGCUGUAGCUGCUCUUGAGAAUAAAAAUCCAUCAAUUCGAACUGAGACUGCCAGUUUCUUAGCUCGAUCAAUUGCAAAAGCCGUCCCUAACGCACUACCUAAGAAAAUUCUUAAGGUCUACUGUGUAGCUCUUGUAAAGACUAUUAAUGAUCCUGUCCCAGAAGUACGAGAAUCAUCUUUCGAAGCCCUUGGAACUGCAAUGCAACUAGUGGGAGAGAAAAAUAUAAUGCCGUUUAUAACUGAUGUAGACAACAUUAAGCAGCAGAAGAUAAAAGAAUGCGCAGAGAAAGCAGUGUUGUUAUUACCCAAUGGUCAACCCCGCAAUUCUCAGAAGUCACAGCCUUCUGCUGUAACAACAACAACAGCAGCAGCAACUUCUAAAGCUGUGACUAGUUCAAAACCUGCUGCCCAACAAAAAAAGCCUGGCGCUGAUCGGCCACGUACUGCCCCAGCAUCUUCAAAAUCUCGCGCAGCAGAUGGUAAGAAAGGAUCGAAAAAAGGCUCAGCUGCUGACAGAUCUUCCAAAGACGAACCUGUGGAAGCAAUAUUAUCGGAUGAUGUUUAUGAAGAAAAAGCUGAAAGUCAUUUAGGAGCUGAAACUUUAGGCCAGCUUGCUAGUAGCAACUGGAAAGAACGUUUGCAAGGCAUAGAACAGUUUCUAAAUCUUGUAAAAGGUUUAGCAAAAGAAGAAAUUCCAACACAGGUGUUUGUACGUGUAAUAUGUAAAAAGCCAGGGCUAAAAGACAGUAAUUUUCAGGUAUUGAAAUUGAAAAUAGAAUUGAUUGGGGUUCUUGCUCAGAAAGCUAAUUUUACCAAAUGUUCUGCUGGUUUCUGCCUUGAGAGUAUGGUUGAAAAAAUUGGUGAUGUGAAAACUGGUAAUUCCUGUAAAGAAGCUUUAAGUUCUAUAGCUGAAGCUAUAAGCUUGGAUUUCGUUUGUCAAGAGGUGAUUCAUUCUGCCUUUGCUCAAAAGAAUCCCAAGAACCAAGCAGAAGCAUUAAAUUGGCUUUCUCAAGCUAUAAAAGAGUUUGGGCUCAAAGUAAAUUUCAAGUCUGUCAAUGAAAAUGUAAAGAAAGCUUUAGCUGCGACAAAUCCGGCUGUCCGGACUGCUGCCAUUCAGUUGCUAGGUGUUGUCUAUAUGUAUAUGGGACCAUCUUUACGUAUGUUUUAUGAAAAUGAAAAACCUGCACUACUACAACAAAUUGAUGCAGAAUUUGAAAAGGCUAAAAGUGAAAAACCACCGGCUCCUACAAGAGCUGUAGUAAAGACUACUAACGAGGAAUCUGAGGAUACAUGUGAGGAAAACGAGAAUGGGAGUGAGAGUGUCAAUGUGGAAGAUCUUAUUCCUCGUACAGAUAUUGGUGAUAAAAUAACAAGUGAAAUUCUUGCUGAAAUGGGUGAUAAGAACUGGAAAAUUCGCAAUGAAGGUCUUCAAAAAGUCACAGUCAUCUUGAAUGAAAACAAAUUUGUUUUGCCUAAUCUGGGUCAGUUACCCGAAGCUUUAAAAGCCAGACUUGGAGAUUCUAACAAAAAUAUGGUAAUAACUACAUUGGGCAUAUUAGGAACUUUGGCAACUUCUCUUGGUCCUCAUUGCAAACAACACAUCCGUACAAUUGGGCCAGGCAUAAUUAGCUGUUUUGGAGAUAGUAAGGUACAUUUGAGGGCUGCUGCUGUAAAUGCCCUUAAUGCUUGGGUGGAGCACUGUAACAUACACGCCUUAGUUGAAUGUGAAGCAUUUUCUGAUGCACUGAAGAUAGAAAAUCCAAACCUGCGCAUGGAGCUCCUUGGGUGGUUAAGUGAAAAAUUGCCCAAUGUGAAAUCUCUUCCAAAUGAAUUGAAAGUGUGUGUACCACUUUUGUUGAAUUGCUUGGAAGAUAGAAACGGUGAUGUGCGUAAGAAAGCUCAGGAAUCCAUUGUGCCAUUUAUGAUACAUGUUGGCUAUGAGUGCAUGUUCAGAGCUGCUACUAAGGCAAAGCUUGCAUCCAAAGAUCAACUGAUACAGAUUCUUGAAAAGGCUCGUGCAAACUUGCCUGAAAAACCAGUUAAAGCUGUGAAAUCUGCCCCAAAUGUUCCAAAAGCAGCUCCUGUAGCAUCAGUGAAAGUUGAAGCUUUUGACUAUGAUGAAGAACCCGAUGGGCCACCAGUAGCAGCCCGGCCUCAGACUACCCCAGAAGGAAAGUCUAAAGCUGGAAAAUCAACUGGUGUAGGUCGUGGCAAGGCAGUGGCUUCUGCUAAAAGUAGCAAGAAGAAAGAAGAGGAGGAUUUAUCACCACCUUUGAUGAUCGGGGUCUCCAAAGAUCAAAGAACGAAAGAUGAAAGGCUCUUAAAAGUUCUAAAGUGGAAUUUUACUGAGCCUCGGCCUGAGUUUGUCGAACAGCUGCGGAACCAGAUGGAGAAAAAUUUUAGCAAACCAUUAAUGGAUCAGUUAUUUCAUUCAGAUUUCAAAUCUCAUAUUAAAGCUAUCGAAACUUUGACAAAGUGCCUUGACACACAAAAACUGGAGUCCAUUUCCAAUCUUGACUUAAUUUUAAAAUGGUUAACUUUGCGGUUCUUUGAUACAAAUCCAAGCAUGCUGAAUAAAGCCUUAGAGUAUAUUCAGAAUGUCUUCGACCUUCUUGCAGAAGAAGAUUACCAUUUGAAUGAUAUUGAGGCUGUCUCGUUUAUUCCUUAUUUGAUACAAAAAGUUGGUGAUCCUAAAGAUAAUGUUCGUCAAAAUGUUCGAGGAAUUUUGAAGUCUGUGUGUAAAGUGUAUCCUGGUAGUAAACUUUUCCCGUACAUAAUUGAUGGUCUCCGGUCUAAAAAUUCCAAACAACGAGCAGAGUGCCUGGAAGAAUGUAGUUACUUGAUGGAAGUUUAUAGCAUGUCCGUAUGCCAGCCAAACCCUGCUCAUGCUUUGAAGUUGAUUGCUCAACAAAUUAGUGAUAGAGAUAAUGGAGUGAGAAAUGCUGCCUUAAAUACACUGGUUACUGCAUAUAUGAUGCUCAAUGAUAAACUGUUUAACCUUACUGGACCGCUGUGUGACAAAGACCAAAGUUUGCUUGAUGAACGAAUUAAAAGACAAAUGAAAAAUCGUCAGGUAAAUGGACCAAAAAUUGUAAAAGAGGAAAGACCCCAAAAAGCGGCACAGACUUCACAAAAAAUUAUACAGCCAGUGGGUGGUUCAAUACGACCAAACACAGCUGGUGGGAUUCCUAAACACCAUACCGAAAGUGUCUCACGUGCAGCCUAUACUCUUGACAUUGAGGAAGAUGUUAACCAACUCGUGGAAAUGCCUAAAUUAAUUCAGUUAGACCUUGAUGAGAUUUACCAACCAGUAACUUUGCCCAAGACAAGGAAAUUUCCUACGGUGAAAGGAUUACUUGGAAAUUCGGGAGAUAUGUCUGCUCAUGUGAAUUUUGUCAUUUCUCAGAUUACCAACAAAGAUAUUGAUCUCAGUAUUCAAGCUUUGUGUCAGCUUGAUGAAGUUUUACGGGAUCCUGAAAAAUCAACAAUAUUUGCAAGCUGUAUCGACCAGUUGUUAUUAGCAAUCUCUAUGCAAAUCAAAAUGUCUUGUUCAGCUCACAUGAGCAGUGAGGAUGUUUCAAAGGAUGAUCUCACCAGGCUGUACAGAUCUCUGUUGGCAACUAUGAUGACAGUAUUUUCUAAUAAAUCACUUGGAACACAAGCUAGUCGUGAUGUUCUAAAGGAUUUGACAAACAGUGUGAUCACAUUGUUACUAGACAGCCGCCUAAUGGACCUUGGAGAAGGGCCACAAGUUGUUCGAGCAGUCAACACUACUGUUAUUAGAAUAAUGGAGAAUUCAAACUUUACAAAUAUGCUCAGUGCUUCCAUUCGCCUGCUCCAUGAUAGCGUUUCCAGUGAAACUUGCACACCAAAGUUCAUUGAAAUGAUUAUGAAAUGCAUGUGGCGGAUGGUUCGUAUGCUCCCUGACUCAAUGAAUGACCUAAACACAGACAAAAUCCUUCAUGAUAUACACCUCUUCUUCAAAGCUUUCCCUGCCAACUCCUGGAAAGAUCGGAGUUCUGAUUUACCUUAUCGUACAGUAAAGACAAUCUUGCACACGCUUACCAAAUUGAAAGGGAACAAGAUUCUCAGUCAUCUAACAUUAGUGGAUGAUGAAAACUCUGAACUAGAAGGUUAUUUAUCUAAAAUACUGAAAAGUGGUGUUGGUCAAAGUCAUGAUGGUCAUAGAGAAGAGAUCAAGCAUAAACGCUUAUCUAAGAAUUCUCAUGAUAUGCUUGCUGAAAUCUUCAAGAAAAUAGGGUCAAAAGAAAAUACUGUACAGGGAUUGAAUGAGCUUUAUGAUUUCAAGGAAAAGAAUCCAGAUGCGGAUCUGUCUCCAUAUUUAAAAAAGUCUUCAGAAUUCUUCCAAUCUUAUAUUGAUAAUGGUAUGAAAACAAUUGCUCAUGAGCGGCGACGUGGAAUGAAAAAAGCUUCACACACACACCCAUCAAAUAAUCCAAACACGCACAAUCAGUCACCAGAUGAUGAAAUAGAUCCAAGUGUUUAUCGAGAGAGAUUACGUCGCAUACGAAUGAUGUGUGGUCUGGAUGACAGUGAAGAGGGAGAGAAAAGUGACUCACCCAAACUUUCAGAUGCAAGUAACACUAUUAACCAAGCAUUAGAAGAAGAAACCAAACAAAUGGAUUUUGACGACUUGCCUCAGAUAAAUGCUCAUGUCCCCCAGUCUGAUAGCCGACCAAUGUCGGUGGUGGCUGAUGUCAGUGAACUGAAGAUGCGUCUGGACAGAAUUAAGAAAAACCAAGUGUGAUGGAGUGAAAGUGGAUGUUUGAGUGGUUUCAUAUAUAUAUAUAUAGACAUAUAUAUAUAUAUAUGUGUGUGUGUGUGUGUAUAUAACUUGAGCAAUACCUUCAGGCCAGUUGCUUCCUUAUGGACUGAUGAUGUAGAGUUGUACUAUAUAUAUAUAUAUAUAUAUAUAUUGCAAAGCUAUUCAGCAAAUGAACUGCCAUUUCAGAGUUACUCAGAGAUAUCUGG